GGGGAAAGGGGCGAAAUGAUUCUAUGUCACAUGCCGCGGGGUCUAGUGGGAGGAGUAGUUGCCCCGCGGCCGCCAGGCACUUCCUGUUUCCGGUUCCCGGAGUGGGGCCCAGCGAGGCGCCCGGGGGACCGCCGGCCUCUGACACGAGCUCUGGGCCGCGGGUCUGCGGCUGGCCGCUCGCCAGCCCUGUCUCCCAGCCCGGGCCGGGGUUCACCCGGGGUUUCUGAGCUUUGGCUGCUCCGUUUGCCCGUGACACCACGCAUACCUGCCCCGGAAAGGAUGCUCCCCCUCUGCAGCUGCUGGAGGACUCGGCUGCUCCUGCCGCUGCUCCUGGCUGUGGCCAUCAGAGAAGCAUGGCAGGCAGAAGAAAAAACCUGCGACCUGAUAGGAGAAGAGGGCAAAGAGUCAGAGAAAGAGUUGGCUCUACUGAAGAGGCUGAAGCCACUGUUUAAUAAAAGCUUUGAGAGCACUGUGGGCCAGGGCCCAGACACGUAUAUCUACCUGUUUAGGGUAUGCCGGGAAGCUGGCAACCACACCUCUGGGGCAGGCCUGGUGCAGAUCAACAAAAGUAACGGGAAGGAGACAGUGGUAGGGAGACUCAAUGAGACUCACAUCUUCAAUGGAAGUAAUUGGAUCAUGCUUAUCUAUAAAGGGGGUGAUGAAUACGACAGUCACUGUAGCAUGGAGCAGCGUCGUGCAGUGGUGAUGAUCUCCUGCAAUCUACACACGCUAGCGGACAAUUUUAACCCUGUGUCCGAGGAGCGAAACAAAGUCCAAGAUUGUUUCUACCUCUUUGAGAUGGAUAGCAGCCUGGCCUGCUCCCCAGAGGUCUCCCACCUCAGUGUGGGUUCUGUCUUACUUGUCACGUUUGCAUCACUGGUCGCAGUCUAUAUCAUCGGAGGGUUCUUAUACCAGCGACUGGUGGUGGGAGCCAAGGGAAUGGAGCAGUUCCCCCACUUAGCCUUCUGGCAGGAUCUUGGCAACCUGGUAGCGGAUGGUUGUGACUUUGUGUGCCGUUCUAAACCCCGAAAUGUGCCUGCUGCAUAUCGUGGUGUGGGGGAUGAUCAGCUGGGGGAGGAGUCAGAAGAAAGGGAUGAUCAUUUGUUACCAUCCGAAAUGUGCCUGCUGCAUAUCGUGGUGUGGGGGAUGAUCAGCUGGGGGAGGAGUCAGAAGAAAGGGAUGAUCAUUUGUUACCAAUGUGACUGCACUUUAAAUGUCCAGCUGCUUCUUCAGUCCCCCAGACCAAAGCAUACUCUGCCAGAUUUCUGAAGCAGUCUCCACUCGUCUCUUAUCUCAUCCUUAAUAUUGCUCUUGCUUUCCAGUUUGCUUUUGGUUUGCAUCCUCUUCUUACGAGUAGAAAUGCCUUCCCUUUAUUCCCUAUUUUGUUUUUCCGCCAGAGAGGUGCAGUUGUUAAGACAGCAGUGAUAUAACAGGGCCUGUGACAGUGGAGGCUAUUGCACUGUCUCUUGGUAUCAGAAGAUACAAGGUUGGUUAUAGUGAGCCAAAGGGUGAGGCAGGCUCCCUGACCCUCUUUUUUAAACACAUUUUCACAAGUUUUUGAGACACUGGAUUUCUUUAAUUAAAAAAAAGAGCAAAGAACCGUUAUUUAUACAAGGUGAUUGCUUUCCCACUGUUCCGUCCAUACAGCAGUCUCUAUAAGAAUUGGAAUUCCUGGCUGUUUGGACUACUUUGCAGUGAUUACAUGGUGGCAGUCCAACUACUGCCAUUUGGGCUGAGCCUCGAGAUACACAUUCACUUCUCCCACCUCUGGGAUUGGCACAGGAGGAAUGUGAAAUUCCCCAACUGGAGGAUUAUUUAGGUUACCAUCACAUCACUUGUCAGCACUGAAAUGACUUCGUAGCUGUAACUGGGCCCUGGAUUGGGUUCUUGUGGUUAUCAGUAUAUAGCCAAAAUGCCUAAUCCAGAAGCCAUGUUUUGUAAAGGGAGAUUGAAACUGACCUCCCAUGCUGCAGGGGGUUCCAAAGAGGGGAGGUCUGUUUACUUUGUAGUAGGAUCUCCUUGAUGGCUUUCCUCUCCCCACUGAAGAGUACAGCUGGUCAAGCUUUUCUUCCAAGCUGUUUCCCUCUUACCAGUAUUUCUGAACAUGUUGCACUUUCUUCCCAGGCAUAUUCACUCUCCCUACCCCUACCUGCCCCUGACCCCGUCUUCUGGAAAGGGAAGCAGAAGUGGUACACUUAAGAGGAAGGGCCCUGCCAUCCUCUGCUCUGGGUGUGGAAGGCUGCUGCACCUGUCCCUUCUGGCUCAGGGAAGUACCCUCUUGCCCACAGCAUUUCUGUGCAGAGAGGUCUUUAAUCAUCUGAUGCUUCCAACUUUCUGUUUAGACCAUGUGCACAGAAUCUGGCCUGAUCUUUCUGUAGUAGUGAACUUGGGUCACUGAAGAGUAACAUGGCUCCACUGGACACAAGAGGAAGAAUAGGCAGGGCCCUUUUAAAGCCUUUAGAGAAGAAAAGUGAGAUUAUUUCAUCUUUGAACUUCUAAAUACUAUGGGAGUGAUACUUCUUUUUCUUUCUAAACAGGGAAAUGUUAUAAAUGCAUCUUUUUUGUUAAUUUGUUUGCAUACCUCCCCCACUCGUGUUUUAAAUGAAAAAAAAAACCUACACUUUUUGUACAAAAGCACUUAAAAGAUUUUUUUAAAA